CUCAAACCCUAAAAUGUCUGUACAAACCCUUUCUCAUUGGUCUGAAUAAUUACUUCUUUCUAAAUUACUCGGUGCAUUAUCCCCACCCUUUCUUCAAACACUUCUCUCUUUCUCUCCCCCUUUCUCCGUUAUUCAAACCCUAGCUCCGCCUCCACCCCCUAUUCGCGGCCACCAGCACAUCCAAUGAAAAAAUUGAUGCCAAAUCCGUAUUCCUCAUCUGAUUUUUUGCGGCCACAUGGAGAAAGUGCUUAGGGUUAAUAGUAUGCUAGAGAAAAACCAGUUUGUUGUACCAGUGCCAUCUUCUACUCUGAAGAAGAGCUCGAAAAACCGAAAAGUUAUGCCUAAAAAUGUAGGCAUUAAUCAAGAUAGUCAUAAGGAUGGUUUCGUGGUAGAUUCUGACGUGUUUGAUAUGUGGGGUGAUAAAGAUGAGGAUAACAAGAAGGUGAAAAAGUCAUUUAAAAUGAAAGCAAUGCUCAAUUCACUAUGUCGAAUUCGCGACAUUAGAACUGGCGCACUUGAAAAGCUUUUGAAAGAACACAGUGGGAGGUAUGCUACUGGAGACGAAGUUGUAGUGUUGACACAUAUACGAAAAGUUUCCAUUUCAUUGAUACACUCUGUUUCCACCGUCGUUACCAUCGUAUAAUUCCGAUCAUGUUUCGCCUCUGUUUAACACUCUGCAACUGCAAGAAAAAUAUCUAUUGAGGACUGGUGGAUUGGAUGGAAAGUGUACAUAUAUCUGGGCUAUUAUCAUUGGCUUCUUUGUUUAAUCACAUUUCGUAUGACUAAGGGAAUAAAAGACAACGAAUCUGACUCUGUCCAAAAUAUGCCUAACAUGUCGGUUAGUGCCGAAUCAAUAACCAAGGAGGUAUCUCGUCUCCCAUCACCUGCUCCUAGAUUAACAGAGGAAGAACAUGUCUCAUCUACCUUGAAAUGCCUUUGUGAUCUUGAAGAGCUUCUGAAUGCCGCUGUUUAUCGUGUAUAGAUGCAUUGGAAGCUGAAUUGAUCACUACAAAGAAGGCAUAAUGCUUCUGUCGUUCUAAGUUGUUAGCAUAUGUCCCAUUUUGAGCAAUUGCCAAGCCACUGCAGAAAGGUUUGUAUUAAAUAUGUCACAUUUCACCUCCUGUGACUAUGCCAAAUGUGAUGCCGAUUGAUCCCGAGGUAAAUUGCAAGAAACAUGUAUUGUUAGGUUGUGGUUAGUCUUGAUCAUCAAGAUGUUCCAAAACAAUGCUCUUAGAAUUAUUAACCCAGAUAUCAGUAUACAACCACAGAAGAUUUGGCCAACGGAUGGAAGUGCUUCUCUUGCACCUGAUGAGCCACCCCAGUUUCCAAUUUGCAAACAUGAAAUAUCUCACACCAAAAUGGUUCCUCUCCAUGGCAGAUGCCAGACCUAAAUUCAUCGCGACCAUGAUGGAAAAACUAAGUUUCAAGAUGUUUCUAUACCAGCAAGACCAUCUGCUUCAGGAAUUCAGUCGCUGUUUGCAAUGGCAACAUUGUCUCAAAAUGGUUCCUCUCUAUGGCAGAGGCUAGACCUAAAUUCAUCGUGACCGUGACGGAAAAACUAAGUUUCAAGAUGUUUCUAUACCAGCAAGACUAUCUGCUUCAGGAAUUCAGUUGUUGUAAGCAUAAGAAUGGGACUUAUUAAAUUGUUGUAUCAUGUAUGUUAGUGGGUUAAAUAACUUAUGCUCUUAAGGCACUUAGUUAUUAUAUAAUAUUUGAGCUGGAUGUA